AUGGGCGAGGAGGCUCAAUUCCCGAUACCUCCGUACAUUGAUAGGAUAAUUGAAUUUGAUGAUGGCAAAUCCUAUGAGUUGUUGCAGCCUCUGACAACCUUUCGACACUGCCAUGACGGGACACCGCCAGAGGCUCGAAUGGUCUUCAUUUGCAGACUGAGAGAGCAAGCCGAUGCGGGUACACAGGAAUACGUGGUGAAGGUCAAAAUCAGAGUCCCGGCCCGAGGACAAGAUGACGAUAGCGAAGCUCCAGAAGCCGAAUCAAGCACAACUACAAGAGCUGAGUUGAAAGCCUUGAUGAAGUUUAGAGAGGCCAAAACCACCUACGCGCCACUCUUUGUGAACUAUAAGAAGGCCGUGCAAGGGUCUAGCGGGCCUCUUCCAGGCGGCUAUAUGACGUUCACGGUCAUGACCAAGAUGCCUGGUGAUUCGCUGCAUAACUUGUACUUUUGGGGCAUGUCCGAAGAGGAAAGAGAGGAGAUUGUGCAGGAGUUUUUGGUUGCUUUAAGGUCGAUAUACACCCUCGGCAUAGAACCGGUGGACUGUGCGUUGCGGAACGUGCUAUGGGAACGAGAGACGAGAAGAUGUACUAUAAUAGAUUUCGAGCUUUGGAGAGAAACAGAUGGUUCGAUAGACGAUGAGACGAAAGAGCUCCAGAGAUGGGCUCUUGCUCGAAAACCUACAGCGAAGAAUUGGUGGGAGGCUUGGAAUGCGCAAUGGAGAAGCGCCCCUGAUAAAGAUGCCGCUCGAAUAUCGCUGUUGUUAUUGUCUCUGUGGCUUAGGAAGACAGUCGACUCUAUUGUGAAUAGUUCAUCGCAAUCGCACAUUUGGGCGCAGUCUUCGUCAAAGUUUUGCCAGAGCGGGUCUUACCAGCGGUUUUGUGACUCGAGACUCGGUUUUGUUGAGUCAACGCAAGCGAGACUGCGCAUCGAGUCGGCUACAACUUGUUUAAGGAUCCACGCCCUGAUCAUUACCCCUAGCAAAUCUGGCGGUUGCCGGCGUGCCCUUUUCGUAUCGUUGCGUGUGUUUGCCUUCCUUCAUAUAUACGCGGCGACGUCUUCGCUCGUCAUUCUGCAGUACGUGGCCGGGACGGACAUCACAGAUAACAUGAUCGAGCAGGCCGCAGAAUUGUUCUCACGAUUCUAUGGCGUCUGGGGUCGCCGUGUCCGUAUGAGUGCGGCCCACCUACGCCGGCAGAUCCUCCCAGAUCAUGGUGACCACUUUUACGUGAGAGCAAUGGUGGGAAACGAGCUCGUGGGCAAUGUGUUUGCAACACGAUAUGACAGCGACGAGUCAUCCGCUUCAAAAGUCUGCUGGAUUACACAGCUCUGCGUGGAUCCUCGGUAUAGGCGGCAAGGAUUGGCUACUACAAUGAUUCGACUGAAUCUUCAGAAUUGUGGGCGCAACGAGGACACAUGGCUGGGGAUUUUGAGCUCACAACCCGCCGCUAUCCUGGCUACUUUGAGAGCUUGUAGUAGCGGACCUGAGACAGAUCCAGGUAUAACAGCCCGGAGGGCGGAGGGGAUCAUGCAAAGCUGUCCAGUCAGUUAUGUCAGGCAUGCCAAAUUGCGAGGAAGUUGCUUUGAGGAGGGCGCCCCAGAGGGAGUGGUUAGCUGCGCUGAUACCAGUUUUUGGGUCGACCAUGGGGAGCCUAUGGGAGUUCUUCAAUCUUUCAAAGCUCGUAAUCUGCGAUGGGCAUUUGGAGACCUCCCGGAAGGCCACGAGUUCCUCGCCUUGCUCGACAUAUCAGUCACGCCUUGUACCAUGCGACUCGAGCCUUCAGAUAUGGACGACGUCGUGGGCAAACCAGGUGUGAGCAGCUGA